UUCAGUUUUGGUUUGUAGUCGGUCAGUUUUAUUUUCACAUUGGUGAUCAGCAAACACUGACAAACAUGUCUGUCACUUUGAAUACUGAUGUCGGAGAGAUUAAGAUUGAGUUGUUUUGUGAACAGGUUCCCAUUGCGUGUGAGAACUUCCUGGCGCUAUGUGCGAGCGACUAUUACAACAAUUGCCUGUUCCACAGGAACAUCAAGGGCUUCAUGGUGCAGACAGGGGACCCUGCAGGCACAGGUAAAGGGGGUUCAAGCAUCUGGGGCCGGAAGUUUGAGGAUGAACUCAGGGAUGGACUUAAGCACAGUGUACGUGGUGUAGUUUCCAUGGCAAACAAUGGGCCAGACACGAAUGGGUCACAAUUCUUCAUCACUUACGGAAAGCAACCACAUCUGGAUAUGAAGUACACUGUGAUAGGAAAAGUAAUAGAUGGUUUUGACUCACUGGAUGAGUUGGAGAAACUGCCUGUCAAUGAGAAACAUCGGCCAGAACGAGAGGUGCGCAUACGAACUGUCACAGUACACGCCAACCCCAUAGCUGAGAAAGACUUUAAGCCCGAUGGGCUCUGAUAAUGGGUGAACAUUAGCAAGAGGAAACUGUGUAUAUUACAAAGUGAAGUGUCGUCAUGAUAGACUAGUGGAUGAUAGCACCAACAAGGAUACAUGUUAUGAAAAUGAAACAAACAACUGUGAUUGUUUGUAAGAAUAUAGUUUACCUAACAAUCAGAAAAGGUCAAGAUACCGGUAGCGUGUUGUUAAAAUAUGGCAUCAACAAAUGAUGCAUGUUACUAAAAGGACAAGAAGUCUGUGCUUUGCUUGACAUUUGUAGGCAUGUGACUAAGAACAGAUUGAGAUAAAUUGUAAAAAGUUGACUAAAAUUAGCCAAGUACCUGUAUACACUGGCAUAAUAGCACAUAAGUAUACAUGUACACUAUAGACAAAAACUACAACAACUGUUUACAUAGUAUCAAGGCAGUCUGUGUUAAGGGCUUGUGAUGAUAUUUUUAAAUAUUGAAACUUUUAAUACAUAGCAAAACUGUUUUCA